AAUGCUUGAAGCAAGCUGGUUCGCUCACCCGCCCGUUAGUUCAGUUUCGUCGGUCGACCUGCUGUGAUGCCGGUUUUUCGUUCCGUUCCGAUCCGGCAUAGCUGAUCAACCCGUCGCAGUCAGCUCAGGUGUUCUUCAGCAGUGUAAUGUUUGUGCCUAAAGCUUAAUUUGAAUAAUCGGGCCCCGUAGGGCUGUAGAAGUACGGAGAGAUGUCGACCGUUGAGGAGGAUCUGUGGCAGAUGCAGUCAACGGCUAUAAAAACCUCAGUUACUGUAUAGUUUAUAGGUGUGUGCUAAUGAAAUGUUGGUGAUUAGUGAAAUAAGGUGCACAUGGCGCUGAUAGUACGUUGGGGAAAGGUUGUCCAGUUUAAGUUGAAUGUGCUGGUAUCUGUGAUCUAAACUUAGUUUAGCGUGUUGAAUGAAUAAUCUACCGUGAUCUUGAUGCUUUUUGAUUUGUAUAGAAGAAUUAAUGAAACAUGACCUGCUGAUGAGUUGGGAAAAAGUGAGGUAAAGCCAACGAAUAUAAAAUAUAUUGCUGAGUGGAUGAGUGAGCUCGUCGUGCGGAACGUCUAGUAGUGGUGCAAACGGAGCGCGAAACUGAAGUUGUAGUAGCGGUUUUGGUCAUCGUCCGAGACUUUACCGCCAUCCAGUGCACAACACGAUGCCAAGAUGCCUUUCGUGCAGCGUGUUGUGACCCCGAAGUAUGUUGCACGGUCGACCAAACCGUCCCAUUCACGCGGAACAGCAGCGCUACCGGUCCAAGACUAUGAGUUGGAAGCGAUUACGAACCUAACGCUGAGCAAUGCCCUCCGCCAGCUGGCCUCGCUGGUGCUCAUCUCGAACCAGAUUUUCACCGAGCUGAACAAGGAACUGGCUAGUGUUAGUGAGCGAUCACUCGGGAUAAAACAGCGAAUCGACAAUCUUUCCAAGCGAGUGGAGGAAUUUGACCCAAAGCAAGUCGCAGUCCCCGAAAGCGAUCUGGUGGCCUUCGCUCAGAUUAAAAACCACCACAGUACAAAGUACCACAUCGAUACCUGCCUGUUCACUGCCGAAACGCGCUCGGACACGCUACAGGAGCUGUACGAUGCAGCGGCCAAGACGCCGGUGUCGGCCAUCGCCGAAAUGGACCGUAUCGCCGGUUACAGCGAGUACGAGCGACGGGGCUCAGACGCUUUCCUCUGCACGCCGGUUCUGGGUCAAACGCGACGGAAACUCCGAGCCAAGGUCGACAUGGACAUCGAAACGAGACUGCCUUCCGCGGUUGAGGAUUUGAGAAAAUGGACCUCGAUUGAAGCCAUCGGCGAUACAACAGUUCCUCCCGACUGCACGGUACGGUUGACUAGCAACAGUUCUGUGAGUUUUGGCAAUACUUCCCAAAAUGCAAGCCCGUCCUACCAAGCCGGCACAAGUGCUUCGUUCGACGAUACCGACGACAUCAUUAUGGUGGACAGCAGCUCGAGAGGCGUGGUACGGGAACAGGACACUCCACUGGACCACAGAUUACCUUCACCGGAGGAGCAGUGUCAGAUGAUUGCACUCAAAUUUCCUGCCGAAACCGUCAAAGUGGAUACCUCCGGCAGAAGGUUCGACCGGAUGUCUGCCACGAGGAAAUCGUUACUCCAUUUCGUGUCAACGUCGGAGCAGGCAGACGCCAAUGCCGCUGGCGGUCAGCCGGCAGAUGGAAGUGAUGGUGACACGAUACGGCGGCGAUCUCGACCACGACGAUCGCGAGGAAAGCGAAGAAAUACGAUCGCUGGAACGGACCAGAAGGAAAUUGCGGAAGUGGUUAACAAUGGGGACGAAGUCACUGCUUCCUCUACUACUGCUACUACUAACCUGGUGCCUCGAAGCAAAUCGAGCGAUAUACUCAAGAAAGAUUCACCGACGGCAUGCUCUGCGGACAACACAUCCAAACACACGACAAAAUUGUCACACUUCAACUCCCUCAAACAGUGGGGCCGCAACCGACUACGUAUGAUAAACCGCGACUCAAAAGACAAAGUACAAGAUAUUGAUGACUUCAAUAUCUCUGAUACGACCAGAAACAGCAAACGCAAGAUCUCUGACAAAGAUACAAAACUUUCGCACGAUCGAAAGCCGUCCUAUUCUUCAUCAGAGAGAAGUAUAACCGUCGCUUCCAGCACUGGCGCCACCACUAGCAUGCCCGCCUCGAUAAACCCUGUGAAACUCCGCGAAUCUUCGUCAAUUCGAAGGCAACGCCGUACCGCGCUCGGAAACAAAGAUGAACCGCACUCGUCCAGUGGCAAUUGGAGUGCAAGCUCCGAAUCUGGCAGAACAUCUAUUGGUAGCGAGAUAACCACCACCACUCACCCGAAAUCAAGUGCCUCAAGUACAUCACUGAACCACAAUCAUCACACAAUUUCCAGUGGACCACCAAGUUCCAUCAUAAGCCGACGAAGAUUCUUGAAUACGUCAGCGUCGAGUAGCGUUACAAGUGAAGGCACCGCUACGCCUGAUCUGCAAAUGUACGACUACCACGACGAAGGUGGCGAAACAAGUUCUGUCUAUUCUUGUGAUACUGAAGGCUAUUAUACGUCUUUCCACGUGGAUUCUGGAUUGAAGACAUUGAAAGAAGAAGAACCAGUAACUCCUAUGCAUUCCACGACGGCCCUAUCCAGCACAACCUCUUUUGAAAGCUCUGGAAAUCAAACCGUCAUUUCUCCAGAAAACGAAUACGAACUGUUUGGUCGAGGUUCAACGUCAACCACGACUAGUUCUGCUGGAACUAUUUGUACAGUACUAGCAGAUGGUCACCGAAAUUCGAUAAUCGGUCCAACUGUACCAGAACGAAAAAGUUCACUUACGAAGCUGAAUCGCAGCAAUAGUUCGGCUAGCAAUGGAACACUGGAACGAAGUUAUUCGAGUAGCACUGUUGGUAGCACUCUGGAAAGAACCGGUACGAUCAAACGAAAUGGCCAUCUGUUGCAGAAGGAGGUGGCCGCACUCAUCCACAAAGAAGAAGAAACUAAGAAAACACGAAUUGAAUCUCCCGACAGUGGAAACAAUACAAGCUCGUCUCCGAUUGAAUCGAAUGCCAAUUCAAGCCCAACGCAGCGAAUAAGAAGUUGUUCCGAGUUUGAAUAUUCGGAAUCCUCGGAUCUGGAAUGCGUUGAUCGCAUUGAAAGAAUCCGAGAAAAGACGACAAUCAACACCAGUCGAAUACCUUCGAUGUGCAUUAUCACACCCACGAACAGUGACGACGAAAACGGUUCCUUAAAACGAAAGAAAGACAAGGCAAGUGAAAUGGUGCAGAAUGAAUCGUUUGAAACGAAAAAGGAUUUGAGCAGUGGUAAGAAAAAUGCGUUACAGCCAUUGAACAGCAUGUUUGGUAGGUUGAAGGGGGUGUUGAAAAAAUCACCCAGCAAGGAUUCCUCAAUGUCGGAGAAUGUAAACAAUGCGGAACCCGUUUACGAUGUGACCGGAGAGUACGUUCGCAUCGCCGACGUAAAAAAUGCAAAAAAGACUCAACACAUUGCUGGCGUUUACUAUUCAAACGAUGUGGUAAAACGCAAUUUGGCUACCGUUCUCUCGGGAAAUCUCAACGAGGAAACCGAAUACGUAUCCUUGAAUGAAUUGCCGUGCAAUAUACGAUGCGAGAGCAAUGUGCUCUCACAAAAUACCACCCCUCCUAGCGGAAGUGGAAAAGCGAACGUUUCGGGUACGAAAGGGGAAACGCUUGCUGCAGGAGAAACCGAUGAACAUGCUAUGAAGAGGGGUGCUCGUGUCAAACUGGAUGCGCACGGGAAGGUUAUCUACAGUUCGGAUAGUCUGAAGAGGAGAAAGGGUGCGCACACGACCUUUGCGCCGGGUCCAUUUGUGAAAGACGUAAAUACAGCUCCGACGUCCAACAUUCCUACUACAAACACUACAACUCGGGCAGCAUCACCAGCAGCAUCCACAGAAAAUGUUAAAAAUGCUGUUGUUGCAUCUCCAUUACUAAGUGGUGGACUUGCUAACAGGAAACCAAUAGUAGUGAAACCAGUGAUAUCGCAGUCCGCAUUGAAAACGAAAGCAAUUGCCAACACCAAUAGUAAAUUAAGUAAGAACAACAACGGAGUAGCAUCGCUUCGUAUGGCUCCAAUAGCCACCGUCCUUCCAAAUAGCAGCGCAGUGCCAGAAAUAGAAAAACCCACAUCAUCACACAUCAUGUCCUCCGGAGUUCUGAAGGGUGCAUACGUCAAUGUGCAGGAAUCAAAACCACCGUCUUCGAAGCCUCAACAAUCGAUGCAUUAUAUGGAAACUACAGCUUUACAGUAUCCACCUACAGGUUAUCUUCAUUCGUCCCCUGAUGAGUAUGACCAGCUUUACAGGCCCCAAAUCCAUACGUACACACUUCCUAGGCGCCCAUUGGUGCAGCAAUCUAUGGAACGCUCUCAUGGAAAUGUCAUCCCAACAGAAAUUCCAAUAGCAUCCAAACAUAUCUACGACUAUGGCCAACAAGUGGGCAGUAAUGCAAGUCCUUUCCAACGGACUAACGACAUGUAUUGGACCUUACAAACUCGUCGUAGACCAAAUCAAAUGGAACAGCUGGCCUUGCGAGAUGAUUCGAAGAUCCCCCAGCAAUAUGCGAGACCAAUCGAAGAACUGUACUCAACACCUAACAAAAUCAAAUCAAACGCCCUAAAAACCACUCCAACCGGGUUCGCCACGUAUUUUUCUCCGAUCGCGAAGAGUAACAUGGCAGUUGAGCUAAGCGACGAACCAGACAGUAGCUUUAAGAUUUCUCCGAUUGAUCCACGCAACACGGCUCCGUUCAAAACGUCCACUCCCUCGAAGGCACACGAAAUAUCACUCUCGCCGACACGAUCACUGACCGAUGAGCUACGAUAUAAAUUAAGACUGCAACAGGUGGGAGUUCGUUCACACGGAAAUUCUCCCGUUAGCUCGGGACGUUCAACGCCAAAAAAUGUACUCGAAGCACAGCCUCCACGCGGACGGCACAGCUGGGCUUCCAACAGCACCGACAUUCCACAGACAUGCUCCGAUCGACUGGGAACACCAAAAACAAGCCUUAUGGAUUUCAAAAAACUUCUCCUUGCUCACGGAUCCAAAUCCAACAUAACGUGUGGCAGCAAAAUCUCUGCCGUUGAACUACUAAAAAAAUCAAAAAACAAUGCUCCACCAAAUCCUAUUUCCCCGGUAGCGAAAACGUCUGCCAACAGCAGUUUGAACAUUUUGGAUCUUUCAGGAUCUCCAAAGGCCUUCGCUACGCGGCGCAUGAUUCGUCAAGGAAACUUUGGAAACGGUUCACCAUCCAAGAUUGGAAAUCCAUCUAAACUUUCAUCGAGGGGUGGCAGGCGGUACAACAACAUGCGAAGUGAGCUCAUGUCCACUGCAAUACCGGAAGUCCACAGCGAAGAAGACAACUCUAGUCCCAGUACUUCGGCCUCAGUCAGUCGUUCCCACUCGCAAAGCCGAAACACAACUCCCACGGCCACUAGAAAAGAAGGUAGUUCCCCACAGGAGAUAGUUGAAAAUAAAAUCAUCGAAGACAAACUCUCCAAUAUCCGCGAGAAUAUUUUCCUGCAGGAGGAUGAGAACAACUUCAUGAAGGGGGAGGUACCGGGGCUUGCACAGAAAACCACAUCGCCCGCUACAACUCGUGCUCAAUUGCAAGCUCAAAGAGCAAUGUUUCUGAGCAAUAACAAUCAUAUCAAUUCGGCUACCUUCAAGGAUGGACGCUACAUGGGAAUCAGCAGUUUCGACAUAACCACUCCACCGAAGAUAAAUAACGAUGUCAAUUAUACCGAGCCAACCACAGCGAAAGAUAAACUAGCAGCACCGUCAUUAGAAACUGCUCUUUAAACUAUUCCUUCGAUUGCCAAAUUUGAAACACGGCGCAAUCAAUACGUUAUUUUCAUUAGUUAGGAGGACAAAACAACAUGUCUCUGAACAUUGAAAAACGUAUGCAACCCGUAAAGAUUUGUAUAAUUUGACAUGCAAUACUUAAGACGCUUUAUUUGGUAGUUGAGACAUAUAUAACAUUCAAUCCAUGAAGAACUCUGAGACCAACUAUCAAUUUUAUUCAGACAUGUAUCAGAAGAUUUCUAUAAACAAUCUAUGGUUCCAAAUAAUAUUUAAUGAAAAGUAAGCAAACUAGUCUGAAAACGAUUUGAGCAUUAAUGGCAUUAAUCGUAACGUGUCUAUCAGCAUUUUUGCUAUGUUUUACACUCAGUUUUCCAAAAUGUACUGUGGGUGAUCUUAUAUGUUGUCGAACGUCUAUCGCUUAGUAAUCCAAUGAUCGCUUGUUGGCAUAAAAAAACUGAAUAAAGGGACAUUUUGAAAAUUUUACAGCAUUUGUUAAAGCAUCGCCUUCCAAACAUGCAUCAACUGGAAUAGCUUAAUUUUAGCAAAUUUGAGUUUAAAGUGGUGUAUCAAGCAUUGCUACAUUUUCAAUCUGUGAAAAAAAUUAUGCCUUAAGUCGAUGAAUAGUAACUAUAAUUCCGUGUUGUUUUAAUUCUAUUGCGCCCAGUCUAACGACAUAGUUGCGGUUUAAUAUAAUUAAAACUCCAUGGAAUAUUUAACAAAUCAAUUAUCUUCAUCCAACAAUUUUAUCCUUCUAUAGACAAUAAGAAUCCCUCUUUUCAUUUUGUUGAUUAUUAUUAUUUAUUUUCUAUUUAAUUCCUAUUUUUAUUGAUUAAGGAUUGUAAGUACAUCCAUUACGAAAGACAGUGAUUGAAGUAAAAUUUAUUGAAACAGGAAAGUAAUAAUUUAAUAUAUUAUCAAAUUGCUAAAUUAUAUUUAUAUCAAUAAUCAUUACACUACAUAUAUUAUACAAAGUAGUGGAGGAAAGAAGCUAGAUUUCUAUGAAGGUGUGUUGUUAAUAUUAUAAGAAAAUCUAUCAUCAAGAAAGCGACCCUUAUUCGUUAGGUUAUUCGUAACACAUCUAACAAUCGAUGACUGAUCGACUCCUAUAAAGUUUAGUAUUCAGAUUUCGUCCAAUUGCCAGAGAUCGGCCAGGUUUUCGUUCAUUUCGAACAGAUUUAGACGCUAAACGUAAUGUUCAUUCUCACUAUUUAUGCUCAUAUUGUUUCCCCUGUAUCUAUUGAGUUGCAUUUCAUCCCAACAUAAUUUAUUUAUUCUCGAUCGAACAUGUUAUAUUUUUUGUUAGAAGAAGGCUUGAAUUGUGCUUUAGGAUCCGAAAGAAAAAUAAAUACAAGCGAUAAUA